UCGGAUAAUGAAACCUCUCUUCUUCUUCUUCCCACUUGAUAAAGAAGAGGAAAAAGGUGGGGAAGGGACCUCAAAUGAGUCCCAACCACUUGAUUGUGACCUUCCUCUCUCACACACAUUUUUAAGCUCAGCCUCCCUCUUGUUUCCAACUCCUCCACUGCAACUACGAUUUCUCAGCCAUUUCCUGAUUCAAUAGACGACUGUAUACUCGCGGCAAUUGGGAGAGUUUGUCUCUGAGGAGUUCCUGGGCGCGUCACCUCGGCUCUCCUGAGAAAUGGGAGGCCACUCCUGCUGCUACAAGCAGAAGCUAAGGAAAGGCCUCUGGUCUCCUGAGGAAGAUGAGAAACUCAUAAAGCACAUUGCCAAGUAUGGUCAUGGGUGUUGGAGCUCUGUCCCUAAACAAGCAGGUCUUCAAAGGUGUGGAAAGAGUUGCAGGUUGAGGUGGAUCAACUACCUCAGGCCUGACCUCAAGAGAGGCACAUUCUCACAGCAGGAAGAAGACCUCAUAAUCGAACUCCAUGCCGUCCUCGGGAACAGGUGGUCGAAGAUUGCAGCGCACUUGCCGGGAAGGACAGACAACGAGAUCAAGAACCUCUGGAAUUCCUGCAUCAAGAAGAAGCUGAGACAGAGAGGCAUUGACCCCAACACCCACAAGCCGCUCGCCGAGGUCGAAGGCGGCGACGAAAAGGUCCCCAGCAACGGUGAAAAGAAUUCUAGCUCCAACGACCUCCGAUUCCCUGCCAGUCCGGCGAAUGCUAAGCUCGCUGCAAAAGAGCUGACUCCUUCGACAUCGGCGGUGGAUAAGCCCUUGGACGAGAGCACGACCCCAAAGGGUUCGUCGACGCCAACCAAAGAAUUGUUUCUGAACCAGCUUCUCGCGACCCAUGAGAGCACAUUGUCGUGCCGCUCCUCCAUCUCCAUGGGCUGUUUCCCCCUUCCUCAAUUAAGCCGUGCUCCUGACUUCUGCGGCAAUCCCACAACUCUGGCCGCUCUACCGAUCAGCUCGAAUCCACUCCUCUGGCUCAAUCACACUGCAACGCAGUACGACGUGAAUCCUGAGCUGAACUGCAAUAUCGCGAUAUCCACCGACGCGCCAUCACUCUCAGCCACAAUUCUCUCGACUUCAAUGGUUCUCCCACCCAGCUGCGCCGGAGACGACACCACCAACUGGUAUGCUGGUAACUGUGACAGCAGUCGUCGGAGCAUGGUAAACGACGGCGCCAGCAUGGCGCUACAGAGCAGCUGCUCCUUUGACAGCGGCAUCUCCGCCUGGUCGGACCUGACACCGGACAAAGAUGUGCAAGUCCAUCUCGGGGAAGAUAACCAGGACCUCAAAUGGUCAGAGUACCUUCACGGCGCAUUCCCGGCGACAGCAGCCACGCAAGCCCAGUGCCAACCUCUGUAUCUCGACGUCAAGAGAGGCGGCCAAUUCGCUAUGAAUGGUUUGAGCACUUGGCACCAGAGCCCGCAAUUACAGCAGCAGUCACAUGCCUCAGAUAUAUAUGCCAAGGAUUUCCAUUCUGUGUCUAUGGGAUUCGAGCAAAUAUAGAUCGCAGACAAGAAGAAACACAAGAAUUACGCUCUUCGACAGAAAUCUCAAUCUGUAAAGCUUGAGCAAUAAAUUCUCCAAAUUCAUACAGGUGUGCGGGCCGUAUACAUUUUUCUCAGUGAUAUAUGUAGGACUGAUGAUAUAGGGAAUUAUUUGUCAGCUGUUCAUCCUUGUAUAUCUUGUGCAGAGUGUCACGCCAAGUGUAGACCAAAAACUGUACUAGUUUGAGCCUUGCCUUUUCACUUUAUUCUGCUAUAUAUUUGCUUUCAAGUUUUU